AACAUUGACGAAAAAUGGCUAAGGAAUAAAGAAGAUUUGAGAACCCUAGGUUCACUCCAUAAACCGAAUGGUUUGUUUUCAUGGGGGGACCUUGACUAGAUUGAUGCCACUGUGCAAUCCUCCGCUUUGUUCCAAGCAAGGUGUCCGACUCAGAGAGCUCGCUCAGUCAACCCCGUGACCUUUCCCAAAAUAUCCAAAAAAAACAAGAACAACAACAACAAUAGAAUGCCUGGCUUAUUUGGAUGUCCGACAUGAAUAAUAGUCGGGAACCGUACAGCCAGUUGAGUACGAGGUAGUGAUCAUUUCAGUGACACAUCCGAUCUAUCGUUUGCUUGUAGUGAGUAAAUUUUCCAAUUUUAUCUUGUUAUCGAAAUGUAUUGAUAUGUAAAUAGAUAUUAUCCAACACAACGUAAUUCAACCUUCAUUUUGGGGAAAUGUUAAAGUCCAUUCGAAAUCUAACGGGUAAUUUAAUCUUAAAAUGAUAUGCAGAAAAAUUGGAAGAUAAUUCAUUUUCUUUCAGUUACUGUUUUUUUAAACAAAAGAAAUCUCGUAAAAUAGCUCUUUCGCCGACAAAGAAAGCAAAAAUCCUAUGCAUGUAAAGAAUGCGGUUUGUAAAAUAGAACUUCAAUAUUUUGCACUAAAAAAAUUAAAUAUAAUUCCACUCUCUGGAUAUGAGUCAUUUCAAAGAGUGUUAAAAGUAGGUCUGACCCAGUUUCAAAACUUAGAUUCCCUCAACAGCUAAAAUUAAGAGAACAUCUGAGCUAUUUAUUAUCCACCAUUUUACAAUGGAAAAAGGACCUGCAAGAACGACAGAGCAACCUGGAAAAAGACCAAGAUACAAAAUCAUAUUCCAAAUAUUGAUCAUAACACUUGUAUUCCAUCUAAAAGUUUCUAUCAACUCUGGUGUUUAGGGUCUGGUGCCUUUUUUCAGACAGAUUUGUAUGAUAGAGAGACAAUUGUGGAUAAAUAAGGAUGAAGCAUGACAGAGAACGAAAAGACACUCAUCACGAGAGAAUUUCGUUUCGAAGCAUGAGCUCGUUUCCCAACCAAGUUUAAUAUGUAAGUGAUUUUCUUUCAAGAGUUUUUAGAGAUUGGUGUUAGGGAUGAUGAUACUUUUAUCUAGGCACAUAUGUGAUUUAGAGAUAAUUUCAUUAACUUGAAAAAAAUACAGAUUGGCCAUAUAAUUUCAAAGUAAGAUUUGUCGAUUCAUAUUCUUUUCUGAUGUUGUCACAAUAUUUGGAGGAGUCGGUAGCGUUCUGUCCUUGGGCAAUCUCCCUCCCCAUCUCACAAUUGCCCGAGGAAAUUUUGCUUCAACGAGAAGCAGCUCCAAUCGUAGACUUAGUAGCGAAUUGAGCGUACACGCAGACAAAUCCAUCAACUUAAGGUCCUUGGAAUCAACAUUCUAGUUUUCGUUGAGUGUUCUAGAUAAGAGAAACAAUGAAACAAGUCCAUGAUUUACCAGCUCUCAGAGACACUUUGGCCAAGGAGCUGCCGUUUUCCAUUCAAGCAUUGGAAUCUGUGAAGCACCAGAUCAAGUUCAAUUUUAAACCACCCAAAGAGAUCUACGUGUCCGAAGACCCAAAGUCAUCCUUCGUUGUGAUAAAGGAAGUAGCCUUUGAAGCUGCUCCCAACUUUACCGUGUAUUGCAAGGAGGCCGACAUAAACACAGCUGGAUUUGAAUUAAAAGACGUCAUUCCUUGGGAUCAACCUUGGAGUUUGGGUGGGGUCCCUGGUUAUUUAUUGCCUAUCCUCCAAGAGCAGCUGCAUAAACGAGGGCUUGAAGAUUGCUUGGAACUGAGUGAUUGCUGGGUUUUUAUUUUGGAACCACAUGUAACCUUGCCCCGGAUGGCAAUUCCGCCGAAUUAUAAGAUUCAACACCUUGCUCCCAAUGAUGUGGAGUUUAUAGAUAAGAUGUGGAAGUUCCGAUCUGAUACAAGUCUCCCAACAUUAAAAGCUCAGGCAAAUCUUGGCUUGGCCUUUGGGGCGAUUGCGGAUGGCGAAGUCAGGUCUGCCUUUGCCGCCUUCAGUUUCGGUGCCGUGGGUGCUUUGGCUACAUCUGAAGCACAUCGGAAAAUGGGCUUGGCCCAAAUGGUUUUGGCCUACGGUGUCCAACAUCUUCGCUCGGAGGAUUUGAUACCGUUUGUUUUCAUCGAGAAGUACAACAAGCUGUCUUUUGAUCUGUUCAAGAAGGUUGGAUUCACACAUACUCAUAACGCAUUUUGGCUGGACUGGAAGUGUUGAUAUACAUACAAUGGUUAUUAAACAUUCAAUGCAACAUGUUUCUUUUUUACGUUUUGAUUGAAAGCAGUUUCAAAACGUGCUUGCUCAUGAAGUUGAGAAGCCUAAAAAUCAUUUCGAACAAGGCUAAAAUAUUUUCCCCAGAUGUCGGUGGGCUUAACCUCCGGCCUUGUCGGAAAUCAAACUCUUUAUGCAAUUGUCUUCAACCCCAUCACAAUUUGAAAUGGGGAAUUAUUUAUCCCUUAGCUCACUAAAUUUUAUUUCUUGUAACAAAUUUAGCUUUUUUUUUAAACUAAGACCUCCAUUAUUUAUGUUUUGUUCCAAAUACGGCAUGCAUGUUUUGGCAGAGCGUUGAUCGUUUCUUUAUAAAAAAAAAAAAAAAAGAUACUACAGUUACAAUUACAUGGCCGAAAAAGUAAUUUUAGGAGGAAGACAUUCAUGGAUAUCAAGAAAUUCAACAAGUUUGAACUUCAUGAUAUUCUCAAACACUUCGCAAUAUUCGAAGCGACUUAUCUCACCCUUUGAAAAUUGGAACAAUAUGAGCUACCUU